CGACAGCUUCCAGGAUACGCAAGCGUGAUAUGAGGCUGGUUUUGGAAUCGCUGCUGCUGGCCAUGCUUCUGGCUCAAGGUAGCCGUGGCCAUCAGAGCAUCUUUCACGCGCCUAUAGUAAGCCUGCAGCCCAUCGCCGCACCGGCCUGGCUUCACGGUGGCAGUAACGCGCACACACACGUGCUGCCCUCGGUACCAAAUUAUGCGGACCAGCGCUUCAUCACCCAUGGCGCGCCGGUGAUCCACUAUGGCCACCAUGCACCAGCCAUCGUCACCGUCCACAAAUCUAGCGCAAGACCUCUCGUUUACGGUGGGUGGCAAGCGCCAAUCCCAGCGUAUGUUAAAUACGUUAAACCGGCUACCAUAAAGACUCACGUUCCGGCACCCGUUUUCACGGCCCUGAAAUUCAAGCACCCGUUGACUACCACCAAGUUGACCCACGCGCACCAUCACUACCACCCUCAACAUGCGGUCACAGCCUAUACCCAGACGCACGUACCACCACCUCCAAUUGGGCGCGCCAUUGUUACCAGUUAUUUUAACGUACCCGGUUCAGGUGUCUCUGGCGCUCCCGCAGGCUUCCCAUCUCUGGGCGUCAACGACCACACUCCCGGUGUCUCCAAUGUCCAUCCACCAGCCACCGGUUUGACGUUCUUAGGUGAUCGCGACGUAGAUUACAACCGCCGCAGCUGGGUCAGCCCUUCGGCGCCAGUCUACAAAUCACUCAGGGGUGACCACAUCGAAGAGGUUCGUAGCUCGACAGGCCCAUCGGUCACUGCUGAGUACAAGCCACAAAACGUGCACCCGUUUUUUCGCCUGAGCGACAGUGACGAUCAGAUAUCUACGAGGAAAGAACCGAAUCUCGCCCUGCCUUCGAGACAAGCCUUGACGUAUCCCGUUCCUUCGAGGCUUGAUGAACCGUCGUUGGGACUUGCAUCUUUGCAAGAAGAUUCCCAGCAAGCGCAGUUUGGUUCCAGGGUGCCGCGCGGUGCAGCAAGACGACGGGGUGAGGGAGCGGGUCCCGGGUUCGGAGACCGCGGAAAGCUGCGUUGGCCUUUCGAAAUCGACUUUGCCGCCCUUAAUAAGACUGAAGCAGAGUCACGUGGCGAAUCAUAUGAGGCACCCUCUUACAGUGAUGCCACAGAAAGCCCCGCCUAG